UUUAUUUAUUCGUAACCAUGGCUCCUCCAAACACUGACGCUAUUAUCCAAGAAUUCGAAAAGCUCAACCUGCAACAACUUGCACGCACCAAGGGACAUUACCUUGUUUACCCAGAGACAAAGUAUCCUUCCCUCGAAAACUUUGAACAUCACGAUCCCGGUCAUCGUGCAGACCCCACAAAAGCCUCUAUUCUCAAGCAAGCCACCAAAGUAUUUGACUUGACUCCCCAUAUUGGUACCGAAAUCCACGGCCUUCAGCUCUCUCAGUUCACUGAUCAACAAAAGAACGAUUUGGCUCUGUUAGUUGCUGAACGUGGCGUUGUUUUCUUUAGAGACCAAGACAUUGACGUCUAUCAAGCUCACGAUUUCGCCAAGUACUUUGGUCCUCUUCACGUCCACAACACCUUUGGACACCCAGAAGGCCUUCCUGCGGUUCAUGUAGUCUACUUUGACUCCGAAUCAAGAGCAAGAUACAGAAAACUUAUUGACUUUGAUAUUGACUCAAGAUCCUCCUGGGAAGGUUGGCAUUCUGAUGUCUCUUACGAACCACAAACUCCUGGUUUAACUCUUCUCAAGAUUGAUACGCUCCCACCUGUAGGUGGUGACACUCUUUGGUCAUCUGGUUAUACUGCCUAUGACAGACUAUCCCCUGCUCUUCAAAAGCUUCUCGAAGGUUUACAAGCUGUCCACUCUGGUCAGGACCAAGUUGAUUUUGCAAACCGUGCUGGUCACACUGUUCGUCGUAGUCACUGGACGGCUGUUCAUCCCAUCAUUCGUACUCACCCUGUCACAGGCUGGAAAGCUCUAUACGUUCAACCCGGUUUUACAAGAUCCAUCGUCGGUCUCUCAAAGCGAGAAUCAGAUGCUAUCCUUCGUUUACUCUUUGACCAUGUUGCUUCAGGAGCUGACUUCCAGGUUCGUUUCAAGUGGGAAGAAAACAGUGUGGCCGUUUGGGAUAACCGAGUGACCUCCCACAAUGCCAUCUUUGACUAUCUCGAUGACGGUCGUCGUCAUGGCUGGAGAUUGACUCCUUUAGCAGAGAAGCCUUUCUAUGACCCUAAUAGUAAAUCAAGAGCACAAGACCUUGCUGAAAAGCGAAAGGCUGCCAAUGAACAAUAG